CCACAGCCUCAAACACAGUUAUGCAGGACAUCAUUACGCACCAGCGCUUCUGGUCUCCGCGAAAAACAAAAAAUGACCAAUGGUAGAACAAACGCUUUUUUGAUAGUGGCUCUAUUCUUUUGGUUCCCAGAAGUUUCGCUGACGAAUGGGGUGCUGACUUUUCAGACCAAAGUGAUGCAUUUGCUCCGCGUGGAGCCAGAGAAUCCUAAAUGUUUUGCUGAAGGGAUGCGGGACCUCACGUGCUUCUGGGAAGAGAGAGAGGAGGAACGGGGGAGCACAGCGGAUGAGUAUACGUUCACAUACACAUACCAGAAUGAGAACAGCAGUAACUGUGAUGUUGCUGCCCUGGCCCUCCCCCUGGCAGGGAGCAGGAGGCUGUUUUUUUGCCAACUCGCCCGCAUACAGUUCUUUGUGCCUCUCGACGUACACGUGCUUUACAAGGGGCAGCCGCUCUACAGCCGGAAUCUGUUCAUCGAGAACAUGUUCCUGCUGGAUCCCCCAGCCAAUGUGACUGUGACGAGAACAGGUAAACAGGGCCAGCUGAGAGUAACCUGGCUGCCACCCCCCCUCAAGUACAUGCAAAAGAGCAUGAUGUACGAAGUCAGAUACGCGCCGGAAAACAGCAGGAUGGGAAAGGAGAUCACAGUCGAAGCCAAGACUGAGCUCAUUCUGCAGGGUUUGUUCUCAGGCACCAAGUACAAGCUCUGGGUUCGAGUCAAACCAGAUGGCAUCACCUACAAUGGAACUUGGAGUGUCUGGAGUGACCCCAUUCUCAUGGCAACACCCCCCAGUGACAUGGACCCUCUCAUCAUAUUACUGAUAGUUAUCAUUUCAGUAAUCCUCUUCCUGCUCUCUCUCACUCUUCUACUGUCAUACGGCAGGUUCCUACUAAAAAAACUAUGGCCAGACAUUCCCACUCCAGAGCAGAAGUUUUCUGGCCUCUUCACAGUCCACGGAGGAGACUUCCAGCAAUGGCUGGGCCAUAGUAACAGUGGGCGUUUGUGGCACCCAGUCUGUGUUUACUCUGAGGAGUCCCCUGCCCCUCUGGAGGUACUGUCAGAGGCCAGCUUGAGACCCCCUCCCACCCUUCGUCCAAACUCCCCCAAAGCCCCGUGUGGCGCGGCACAGGCAAAGGAGGAGGGCAAAGACACAAGGGAGAAAGAGGGAGUGGACUCUGGAUCGAUUGACAGGUGGCUGGAGCCACCUCACGCUCGGUGGUUGGCAGAGCAGCUGAGGGCCUUUCAGGAACAUCCCGCCCCCCUCUCUCAGUCGUCCUUGUUGGAAUCUCAGGACGCAUAUGUCAUCCUUAACCAGAACUCCCAGCACGCCAAUGGAGAGGCCACAGAGGAUGAAAUUCUGGAGGAAAGCCUACCUCUUCAGGCACUUUUUUCCUGUGGAGAGACCUCUACGGAGUCUCGUUCCGAUCUAGGCUCCCUCCGACAGAGUUCUGGAUCAGGCAGGCUCUCUUCCCAAUCCAGCUUUGAGUAUCCAAACCACACGUGGCCACCGCUAGGGCCAGGCUACACUUACAUGGCUGUGGCAGACUCUGGUGUUUCUAUGGACUACAGUCCCAUGAGUGCCAGCAGACUGACAGACACCGGGAAAGGACCAAUCUACACCAAUAACUACAAGAACGAAAUUCUGGCUCACAGACAGCUCCUCACAGGACAGAACUUUCACUCGGGAUGCUGACCAAACUGUCUGUGAAACGUUGAAAGACAUUAAAAAGUUUCACCGAAGGCUCUUUUCAGGGAGGCCUUUCACAGUGUCUGACAGAGGUGGAGUGAAGGAUUCAGAGCAGUCACGGAGCUCUAGUGCAAAGCAUGGAUCUUCACUCAAGAGUUUCAUGAUGGACAAUAUUAAAGAGGGUGAAAAGAGGAAUGUUUCAGUGGACUGAAUGCUCCCCGUUUGGUAAUAUAAGCUAACUCUGUGUCAUACAGAGGAUUGAGUUCAUUGUUUUGGCAGCUGUUUUGAUAAAUAUUCAAACACUGAGAUGACACACACAUUUUUUUUUGUACU